AUGCCUGUAACACGGUCAGCUACUCGGUCAGUUGCGUCAACGCCAGCGGGAGGAAGCAACAAGACAACAACAGCGGUAUCACCAUCUGCGGUGGGCAAGUCCAGCAAGCGAAAAGCCGCUGAAGAACCCCCAGCAGCCAAGAAGACGCCUCGCACCAAGAAAACAAAGUCUUCUGAAUCCGAUAAAAGUGCUAUGACAUUGCUCACACCGGAUGGAUUCAUACUGCCUCCGCCGCCUCCCUUGCAGAACGAGUCCGAGGACUUGGUUCCCGCAGUGUUAACAUUCUCGUUUGAGGAGGCUAAAGCGCAUCUCAUUCGCGCUGACCACCGCUUUGAGGAUAUAUUCACAAAGCUCAAAUGUAAGCCUUUCGAGUUCCUUGAACAGGUCCAUCCAUUCCGGGCGCUUGUAGAAUCAAUUCUUGCCCAACAAAUUUCAUGGCUGGCAGCGCGAUCGAUCACCCACAGGUUUACUCGGUUGUAUGACCCGUCAUUACCCGAAAAAGUAGCAGAUUAUUCUGCAUCAAGAUCUCCAACAUCUUUCUUCCCUACCCCUUAUCAAGUUGCCAAUACGGAUAUCAUAACACUCAAGUCCGCUGGUCUCAGUACACGCAAAGCGGAGUACGUACAAGACCUUGCUGCGCGAUUUGCAGAUGAAAGGCUUUCAACAAAAAAACUGCUUGCUGCAGAUGAUGAAAGCCUUGCUGAAAUGCUUAUAGAAGUGCGAGGGAUCGGACGGUGGACUGUUGACAUGUUCGCAAUCUUCUCCCUCCGUCGUCCAAACAUUCUCCCAGUGGGUGACCUCGGUAUGCAGCGGGGAAUGUUGCGCUGGUUUCUCUCCCGUCAUUCGUCUAAGCACACAUUUACACUUUCACCGCAUAAACUGAGCGGUAGCAAACCCAAUGACGAUAAAACAAAACCGGCAAGUACUAGCGCGAUGGGACCACCGCCUGCAACGCCUGCACCGAAAACAACCCCUAGUUCUCAACUGACAGGAGAUGUAGAACUAGACAAUGAGGUGUUACCGACAUCACCUGAAUCACAAUUGAAGGCUCCCGCUUCAAUUGAAUCGAUUUCUGCGUUUCCUGAACCGUUCACUCCCUCGAUUGAGAAGACUCUCGAGGCAGAUGCGAUGAACACAGAACCCCUUCCCGAAGGUCUGAGCGUCGCGAAUUUGAAAUCAAGGCUAGAAGGAAAGAAGAUAAAAGGAGCGUUCCUUACUCCGAAAGAAAUGGAAGAUUUAACCGCAUCUUGGGUGCCAUAUCGAAGUCUAGGUGUUUACUAUAUGUGGGCUCUAUCAGAGGAGAAGAAAUAG